UAGGUGAUAUUUGGUUGGUAGCAUGAUCACGUGAUUCAUAUGCUAUUUGAGGCUUUUUACUUUACAUGCCAUCUGUAUCUUUUCAUUAUCUUAGAAAUAAAAGAUAUUUAUAUUGAGAAAUAAUAUUUAUUUCAGUGCCUAUCAUUUAAGUUUGAAAUUUGACCAAGCUAGCAAUUUAUCUAAAUGUGAUUCACUCACGCUGGUUGGGCUGUAGACGAAAGUUUUUAAUUCCCGACAGAAAAGCACAUCUUCCGCGACCUGAAUCUUUGGGAGACGUGCCGGUCCAGCCCGUGUUGCUGUGCAAUGUGACGUCAGUUGGCCUUACGUCAGUCGAUGCAUAAUCGGCCAAACGACAUGCUCAUAGGACAUGGAGGAUGCGCACCGCGCAUGCGCUGCGCAGUGCACAUGGGACCCGAGGUCGUUGCAAUGUUCAAGGGCAUCAACAACUGAGCCCAGCAGGGUGUCUGGACAGGACGCCUCAUCUGCGGUUAGGCUGCGGCGCGCGGUAUCGGACUGGGCCGGCGGCGCAGUGUCGGCCACGGGUCUGCGAAGGGUGGCUGCGGACGGUCCGUCGGGGCGCGCUACCAUGAAGCUGACGCCCGUCGGUGACACGGAGACGGUGGUGCGAGCCGAGCACGGCCACCUGGACGAGCUGGUGGCCCAGCUGGAGCGGCACGGAACACGCAGCGCCCAGCUGCGAUUCGGUCUUCUAUUGCUUCGGAACGGCAUAAACAAGUACCGCUAUGAGGUCUUCUACAGUGGCUGGUCGGAAGAUAUUUUGGUAAUUCUUAUCACGAGACGAGUAGGGCACACCCGUGUGGUUACGCUGGCGGCACCAGACAGCCCGUCUACUCCGGGACGGUUGGCGAGGAACCUCCGGCACCCUGAGCUGCGAGCGGCCAUCUGGGGCGGCCGGUUCCGCGUCGACGUCUGGCCCGAGAGUCUGAUGCACCCGCUGUUCGAAGUCGCCCGCCAGAUGGGCUUCAGUGUUCGUUUCAUAGUGAAGAAACACGUGACAUUCGCCCGUCCAAGAGGACUCCCGGAGGUCAAACCCUCACCCAGGCAAGGAGUGAGCAUCCGUCCGCUACUUCCUAAACACGUGGACAUAGUAAUGCGCCACUGGCCGUACGUCCAUGAAAUAGACGACGCGCACUCGAUGAUCCACGACUCCAUAGUUGCGGGCCUGUCUGCCGGAGCGUUCGUCACCGAGCCGCCGACGGACGGCGGAGGUGACGACCAGGAGCCCCUGCCUGCCGACGGCCUGGCCUGCUGGGCGCUGGUGAACCAGGACGGCUUCUUGGGCUUCCUGCACACUUUGACUGGUUAUCGCAAGCGCGGGCUGGCGGCGGCAGUAACGGCUGAGCUGAGCCGACUCUGCGAGAAGGCCGGCUACCCAGCGGUCUUCCACAGCAGUCAUGCUUCUGUUUGGCGAAUGGCCCAGAAGCUCCAGUAUGAGAAACUGUUUCCCGUGUUCUUGGCCUUUGUCACGCCCAAUGACAAUUCGGCAGCUCGUCUGUAAAAGUAUCAGUAGCUCUAGCUGGCGAGAUUGGUGGGGACCAGUGCCACAUGCCCACUGAGAAAAACAACAUAAAAAGGGUAAAUAAAGCAACAUCAUGAUUGACGACGAGAUCUGCCGCUGCCUGCCAGGCAGUUUGGUAUGACACCCUUGGCCACAACAGGGUGACUUUGGCUGCCAUCUGGUGAUCUGACCUGAGAAAUCAACGGGGCAGACCGGUUAGCCACUCGUUCUGCCGCAUCCACUCAAAGGAACGAAUGAUGCGAUGGACCAGCUCGGGAACACUUCCGCCAGAGUCGGACAGCGUCUCCACUUCCAGAGGUCGACCUGAGUCGCAGCACGUGCAGAGCAGCUGAUCGGGAAGGAACUCCACGUCUCGCUCCCCGCCGCCGGGUUAGCCAGGUCGAGUCGUUGAUGAAGCCGAGGGACGAUGCGAUGGACUGCAGUCGGUGCGGAGCUAGGAUAAGAUGACCUGACUCUCAGUCUCCACCGAUCGCGCUCAGCGUGGCCUGUCGACGUAGGUGUCGUCGCGCCCGUGUGGGGGGCCAACUGCUGGGUGAAGUGGAUGAAUGACACGACCGCCAAGUGCCAAGUAGUAGCUCCGGCACCUCAGUGCUGUGUUCAGGUGUCAUAGUCCCCGUCGACUGAGCGAGCUGUGCUACGGUUGGCUCGUCGAUAAACGUCUUUCGACGCCGAGUGGAUGCGGCGGAGUAGCUCAUUUCAGCGAUCGCAAACAGGCGAGCGGCCUGUCGGGAAAAGGACAAUGUCAGUGAAGCGAGAGAGAUGAGAAGAAUGAGUCGCAGGCGGUUGUGCGAGUCCUCUUAGAACAUUCACUUUCGGAAG